GAACUUCCUCGCCAUCGCAUCGUUCUGGGCGAGGAGGUGGGCAGCGGUGCUUUUGGAUCGGUUCACGAGGGUGUACUACGCAUGCCCUCCACCAACCAGCGCGUUCGCGUGGCCGUGAAAACGCUCCGAAACGAGGGACUCGACAACACCGUCUUGGAGGAGUUUUAUCAUGAGGCUACCAUGCUGGCGCAAUUUGCCAACGAGCCACGCAUCGUGAGUCUUCUCGGUGUGGUCACCCUUGGUCGCCCAUUGCUGAUGGUCAUGGAGCUCUGCGAAAAGGGCGCGCUCGACGAGUGCCUGCGCAGCUACUUCUUCAAGGACCAAGAGCUCUCUUGGGUCGUCAAACUUCGCAUGGCGGCCGAGGUUGCCGACGGCAUGAGCACAGUUGCAUUGGCUGGUGGCCUACAUCGUGAUUUGGCCGCGCGCAAUGUGCUUGUGACCGAGGACAUGCAUUGCAAAAUUGCCGAUUUCGGCAUGUCCAAAGAUCGUCGUUACUACAUGACCAAAGGCAACCGUCUUGUGCCUGUGCGCUGGGCUGCUCCAGAGGUGUUGAAGGAUCAAGUCUACUCCACAGCUUCUGAUGUCUGGUCCUUUGGUGUUCUGAUGUAUGAGAUGGCCAUGAAUGCGGCAUCCUUGCCGUACGCUUCCAUGAGCAAUCCUGCCGUUCUGAUUGCUGUGUCUGCCGGGUAUCGCCUCGAGCGACCGCCUACGUGCCCGUUGGUGGUCUACGAUAUCAUGCGUUCAUGCUGGCUUGAGCGACACGAACGCCCUUCCUUCAGCGAGCUGUAC